UCGGAGAGCAAAAUGACAGCUGGUUUAUUUUUAAUAACAAGGAAAAAUCUAAGUAGACAUCAAAGUGUCAUGUGGUGAGCGGUCCUCUCUGUCCUGGUCUGCCUUGAGCAACUGACCAAAAAGGGACCAGCAAUUCUUCUGCAGACAUCUUCCAGACACAGCACUGGAGCUAUCAUUACAAACGCAACAAGACAGUGAGCUGUGAUACUGGUCAAGUCAAAGGAAAGGUCUCUUCAGGUGAGAGGGGGCUGUUCAGCAGGACCAAGUCAUGGAGCCUCCACAGGACGUGUUUGGCCGUACCUUUGUCGAGGUCAUGAGUGAAAAGUACAGCCCAGAGAACUUUCCUGUCCGCAGAGGGCCCGGUAUAGGAGUGGUGGUGGUGCCCAUCACAUGUCCUCAAGGUUCCCCUAUGAAAGACCGUCUGAACCUGCCCAGCAUUCUGGUGCUGACCGGCUGUGGGAUCAACAGGGCCGGAGACCAGGCUGAGAUCGCUGCUUUCUGCGCACAUGUCAUAGAGCUGGACCUGUCUCACAACAAGCUGCAGGACUGGCAAGAGAUCAGUAAAAUCGUGUCUAACGUCCCCAACCUGGAGUUCCUGAACCUGAGCUCGAACCCCCUGGGAGGAGGGACCCUGGAGCCGCGAUGGGCUGAAUGCUUCUCCCGGGUCAGACGCCUCGUCUUCAACAACACCCAGGUGUCCUGGGACACCCUGCUGCUGCUCACCAGGGAGACAACUGAGCUGGAGGAGUUGUUCCUGUGCCUUAAUGAGUACAGUAGUGUGAGUGCCUCCAGUAUGGCCUGCCCCAGCCUGCGCCUCCUUCACAUCACCGACAACAGCCUCAAGGACUGGGCCGAGGUCCGCAAGUUUGGCUCCAUGUUCCCCAGUCUGGACACGCUCAUUAUGGCAAACAACAACUUGGCCUCCAUUGAAGACGGCAAGGAUAUCCUGCUGAGGCUCUUCCCCAAACUACGCAGAAUCAACCUGCACAACUCAGGAUUUAACCGAUGGGAGGACAUUGAGAAGCUCAACUUCUUCCCCAGGCUGGAGGAGGUGCGGCUGCAGGGCAUUCCCUUACUGCAGACCUACACCAACACAGAGCAGCGCAGCCUCAUGGUAGCACAGCUUCCUUCAAUAUCACUGCUUAAUGGCAGUGUUGUGACUGACAGUGAGAGAGAAGACGCAGAGAGGUUCUUCAUCCGUUACCACCUAGACUACCCUGAGGAGGAGCUGCCUUACAGAUACCAUUCCCUAGUAACCAAGUAUGGGAAGCUAGAACCUCUCGCUGAGAUCGACCUUCGACCUCGCUGCCGUGCCGAGGUGGAAGUUCACUGUGAGGAAAAAGUGGAACAGCUGAGCAUCCGUUUGGACCAGACAGUAGCUGAGCUGAAGAAGCAGCUGACAACAGUGGUCCAGCUGUCCACCAGCAGCAUGAGGAUCUACUACAUCGACAAGUGCAGCGCCUUCGGUCCGGAGGAAAUGAAGUACAAAACCCGGGCUCUGCACUCCUACAGCAUUCAGGACGGUGAUGAGAUACUGGUGGUGCCGAAGACCAAGUUAAAAGCUGGUGUCCAACUGCCGAAAUAGGGUGAUGAUUGAUUAAUUUGAUUAUGCGUUAACUGGAAUCACGAAAUAAAUGGAAAACGCAUAUGGAACAGCAUCAGCGGCCACUCGUUAGGAACACCAUCAUGGAGACUGCAGUGGGCUGCUCGGAGGCUCUGGCUGGAAUUACAGCCCUUUACGUAUUUAUUUAUUUUCAGCUUAAUUUGAGGGCACCCACUGGAGUGUGUAGACAACGCUACCAGCUUAAGCAGAGAGAAGGGCGCUUCUUUAUCGGCAAAGCUUGCUGCAGCUCCAUUACUGUACCAAACAAAUUCCUAGUCAAGUAUCCAAAGCCACCACCUUUCCCACUUUUUGCAAACACUACCAUUAUUAGCAGUGAGGCAGAGUAUUUUUUAAUAGGGCAUCAUUUCAAGAAAUGUGCAGUUGUUGAAGGAAAAUCCUGCUUGUUAAAUGGUGGUUAUGAAACUGUCUUUUAUUUGGGUCCAUUUUGUUUUUGGUGGUGUUUUUUUCAGUAUUUGUAUUAAUAGUUGCAAAAGUUAGAAGAUGCUACAUCACAUUAUUGAUUGUUGGACAAAAUGCAGAAUCAAAAGCAUUUAACUAUUUCUAGAUUUGUUAUGACGAUCGAUAGUUGUUUGUCGUAGAAUAUACCAAUUGCACAUCCUCCAGGAAUCCCCAAUGACUUGGGACAUAUGAAAAUACUGUGCUUUAAAAGUUAUAAGAAAAUACACAAAUUUAAAAUUGUGAUUAACUACAUAAGUGUAAUAACUGGACACAAGAUCUUCCUGUCGAUUCCGAGUCUGUGUACCCUCCUGGCUUCAAGUUUCAACAUCAUAGUUUUGUAAGUUUACUUUGCAUUAGGAUUGGCUUGCAAACUUAUCGUUAUGCCUGUACAUACAAACCAUGUGCUAAAGUGAGAUUUAAGAAGAGCACAAAAAAAACCUUCCGGUUAAACCCUGCACAGUGGAUAAUAAAGCAACAAUAGGUCAAUCUGGAGGGGAACUUUAAAUAAAAUAGAAAUUGGUAAGGCAGGCUAAGGAGAAUAUUGGUAGUACAAAAAGGAAAAUAACACCACUUAAUGACAAAAUGGCUUCAGGAGUGCAAUGAUCAUACAUUGAAUAUAUUGUGUAAAGACAGUAAGCAGUAUUUUUCUGGACUAGCUUAAGGUUGCCUUCAAGCAAUAUAAGUAGAGCUGUGUCCCAACUAUUAGCAGGAAGUCACACAUGUUUUCAGUGGUUUGUUUAGUCACCAUUCUCCCUUAUCACUAUUGUUUUGUGAGUUUUAUGGAUUUGAGGACCUCAGAAUUCCUUCUCUGUUAUUUGCAGAAGAUGUAGUUGUGUUGUGUAUGAUGUUUUGUUGGCAUCAUCAGACUGCAGCCUUCAGCACAGCCUCGGGCAGUUUGUAUUUGGGUUGAGAGCCAAAGGCCAUAGUCGGACAAAUCUUUAUUUCUCCCACUGUGUUGGGUGUGAGUUACUGCUUUAAGAGAAGGAGUACCUUCCUGCCAUCAAGUUAUUUUUGCUUAGGAAGGUUGCUAACUAAUUGUAAUGACCUGGAAGUAUUUACCUCAAAGCCUUGAUAAGAGCUGGUUGAGUUAUCUAAAUGCUAAGGGAAGGUCCUUUGUUGCUUCUGCUCUUAAGUCCUUUAGCAUAGGGUACAUUGGUCCGACCUUUACCAAAGAAAAAGAGAAUAUACCGUUCCACACUUUUAUAAGACAUGAGAUAAACAGGGCAACUGUGACCGGUUGCUUGCCAAAUAGUGAGCCCACAUUUAUCUGUACUGCUAAGUCUUAUAUUGGCUACUUAGCUUACUUAAUCUUCUUCAUCAGCCAGCAUCCUUGGUAUCUGUUGUUCACUGAUUCUGGUUCUCCCCCUUCCAUCUUGAUGUUUCUUGGCAUCUCUUAUGACCAUUUAUGAAUGAGUCACUAACAUUUAUAACUACUGAAAGGGAGCCUUAUUGUAAAGUGUGAAACACAUCACCAUCUAUUGAUGAGUCACUAACAUUUAACUAACUACUAAAAAGGGUGCGUUGUUUUUAAGUUUAAUACACAUGUCCAUUUAUGAAUGAGUUAUAACAUUUACGCUGACCUAAUACACAUUUUUCACAUGAAAUGCAAAGUAAGAUGCAACAGAGCCAAGCAAAACAUUUUAUUCACACAUGAAGAAAAUCAGGACUCAAAGUAAUGACUGUUUAGUAUGACUGAUACACAUAUUUAAACAUAAAAGCUUUUCUCAGACAUAAAUGAAAGACUUGGUAAGACAUACUGGUACUCAGACUGGAAAGGCUUUGUGUAUAUUCUUGAACAAGCGUCCAAGCAGUCCAUCAGGGUGAGCAGAGCCAAGCCAAGAUGACCAUUCAAGAACCUUGAGGUGUUCCUCCAACAAACUCUCUGUACGGUUUCCUCUCAGUCUACGGACAUGUCCUUUGACGGUCGACCAAGCUCUUUCAUUAUGUUGGGUAUGACUGCUGUCUGGGGGUUCACAAACACCUGCUGUGGUUUAUGGUGUAGUGGUUGUACCCCAUGUUACUCUGCACUCUCCUGUAUGCCCUCCACUCAUCAGUCAUGAUACUACUUCCUGACUUAACAUGCCGUCUAAUCAGAGGGACAAGGUUGCAUCUUGAUCGUUUCUCCACUAGUUUCAACACUAGUCUCCGCCUUUUGUCUUUAACUCCCAUCAUUCCGAAGACCCAUUUCUUCGAAAGAAAGGUACAGUAUGUCGAAGACGUCCAUGUGCAUACCAAAAAAUAAAUCAUAACAUCAUCUUAGUUAACAACAAAAUGCACACAAAUUACAGUAAAAACUGUUGCACAUCAUGUUUCAA